AUGAUCGCGACUGGGUUACCAUCUAUCGUAGUUGUCGAGCCCCAAGAAGUUGCUGGCUAUAGCCUUCCAUGGUGGGGAGUGCCCGCAGCCAGAACCAGAGAAGCCACUAUGACACCUCUCCUCCUCUCCAAUUUUGUCCGGCGAUCUCGAUGCUUCUAUUCCGUCGAUCGUGGUGCAACAUCGAAUGUUGCAGUUGAGUCUUUUGGUAAGGUAUUUUGUAAUUCUUUUUCGGAUCGACAGAUUCUUUUCUUCAGAGAAAUCGCAGAAAAUAUGGCUUCCAAGGUCGUAGAUUCGAUGGUAAAGAUGCAGAUUAAAAACGUCGAGCGACCUAUUAGUCUCCUCAUCAGUCCAGAUGGAGGAGAAGUUUUAACAACAUUCUCCAUUUUGGAGAUCAUGAAGUUAUAUUCUUGUCCGAUUUAUAUCUUCUUUCUGGGACAAGCUGGCUCCAUGGCCUCUCUGGUUCUGGCUACGGGCACUCCCGACCAUAGGUACUCUCUUCCAACUUUCAGAAUAAUGAUCCAUAAACCUUAUUUAACCGAGAAAACAUCGAAGCAAGCAUUGACCAAGGCGGAAUCGUCCGAUCCAGAAUCGAUCAAGCCCGCAUCGUUGGAGUCAUCGGACGAUGUGAUGAUCCUUAACGAAAAACACGAAACUAUUUGGAAGAUGGUAUCUAACGUCUACACCAAUCUCACUAAACACACCGUGGUUAAAAGCAUUGUUGGAAGAUGA